AUGAAUACCAUAACAAAAACACCACCAGUAAACCACGGACCACCAAGACCUGAACCAGAAGACCACGGACCACCAAGACCUGGACCAGAAGACCACGGACCACCAAGACCUGGACCAGAAGUCCACGGACCACCAAGACCUGGACCAGAAGUCCACGGACCACCAAGACCUGGACCAGAAGACCACGGACCACCAAGACCUGGACCAGAAGACCACGGACCACCAAGACCUGGACCAGAAGACCACGGACCACCAAGACCUGGACCAGAAGACCACGGACCACCAAGACCUGGACCAGAAGACCACGGACCACGACCUGGACCAGAAGACCAACCACCAAGACCUGGACCAGAAGACCACGGACCAGUAAGACCUGGACCAGAAGACCACGGACCAGUAAGACCUGGACCAGAAGACCACGGACCAGUAAGACCUGGACCAGAAGACCACGGACCAGUAAGACCUGGACCAGAAGACCGCGGACCACCAAGACCUGGCCAAAACACACUACCCAGACGCUAA